AUGCAAGUCCGCGUGGCAUAUCUCAAACUGAAAGAUGUUAUUUGCCGUGACACGACAUUACCGCGAACGACAUUACCGCGAACGACGUUACCGCGAACGACAUUACCGCGAACGACAUUACCGCGAACGACAUUACCGCGAACGACAUUACCGCGAAUGCAAAGAAUGACAUUACCGCGAACGACUUUAUCGCGAAUGCAAAAAACGACAUUACCGCGAAUGCAAAAAACGACAUUACAGUGA